ACGGAAAAUUCAAAGAAAAUGUUAUAACAUGUGUUGUUCAUACUUUGUUCAGUAUUACAUUUAUACAUUGUAGCGAUUCAACUAUGUUGUGUUCGACCGCACGUCGAUUUUUAUAUUCGGACGGAAAAACAUGUAGAAUUCAAAUCAGAAAUUGAGUAACCAUAAAAAUCAUACCAACGGUUUGUGAAACGUACCCAACACUGGUCAAAAAAUAUUCCAGCUAAUUAUCAACGGGGAGGGGGGGGGUAUUAUAAUUUUACAUGUUACGCAUUUUUUACGAUUAUUCGUCAGAGAGUUGUUGAUCGAUAAUCCUAAGCAUCACCGUGUUCCGUGUUGGUUGGCUAGCCGUCGUGUUAUCAGAAACGAACGGUACACGUUUCAUCGAUCGACACUAUUGCGAACUCGGUGCGAAUUGCUGUUGCGUCACGUUACCGCACGAGGGUGUGAAGGAGGGGUGGUCGUGCGCAAACAGAGCGCACACAUUUGUCGCGCAACAACACUUGCGGUGGACGAACUCUGUGUUUGAACAAGGAAAACUCCGCCCGGGCUAUGCGUAAAUCACGUUUGCGGCAUCCGGUUCGAUAAUCGUCGCGCGCGUACCUUCCGCCAAGACACUCUCGCACCAUCGUCACCCGACCCACGAACCCAGCCGACUGCUUGAUCCUUACACAUGCAUCCCAUCGGCGGCGCAUCCGCCGCGUUCUUCGGUCUGCUAUGGCUCGUCACCACGUUGCCGCGUCCGAACGUCGUCGCCUUCGUCCUCCGCUUCUCGGGUCCGGACCAUCCCGACGUCCUGGAGCUGUUUGAGCACGUCCUGAGCCUGGACGUGAUCUGGGGACCGGUGCUUCAACAGAACGUGCGGAUGAACGUGUUGCCGGGCCCGCCGUACCACGACCAGCGCACCGAGGCCACGGUCCGGGACGAGCUGCUGCUGGUGGACGGCCAGCCGGAGCUGAUGUCGCCGUUGCCGGUGCUGCAGAAGGUGGUCGGCCAGUACUCGUGGCUGGGCUCGCACGUGGACUUUGCCGCGUGGCUGCUGACCUCCGCUUUUGAGUGCUUCACGUACCAGAACGUAUCGCUGAUCGUCGAACUCAUAUUGUUAAUGGAGUACAAGUAUGAGAGCGAGAUCACCACGGAGCAGUUGGGUAUCCACAAGCACCGCAAGGACGUGGUGACAGACGUGCUGUACACGCUCAUCGUGAUGGUCGACAAGGUGGCCGCCGUGAAUGGCAACGUAGACCGGUUAGCUACGGAGCUCUACCAGUACAACGAGAGCUUGUACUCGGAGAAACUCGUCCUGAUGAACGGGGUCGGAGUGCUGAAAAAGAAAAUGGACAAUUUGAUCGAAACACAGUGCGAAGUGCAGUCGCGGGAAACCGUGUUGAAGAAGUUGGGCUUUACGUUCGUCCGAGGAUCACCGAGAAGCCGUCAAACAACAUUGCAGGCUUUGAAAUCGAUUAUUUAUCAAAUCACCGAUCGUAUGAUAAUUACUUACAAUAGUUUUAGAAUCGAAUCGUUAAAUUUAGAGACUUGGAACCAAAUUCUGAAUUACCAAAGCGCGGUCGUUUUGAUAAUAAAUCCGUAUGUGAUCAAUCCAAACGAGGCGUCAAUCGAUACCGAAACACUAUACGAAAUUACAACAACAGAUAGUGAAGACACGGAACCAUUUGAAAUCGGAAUAUUACCUGACCAGGUUACGGAAAAAACAGACGAUAGAGUUACAGAAAAAGAUAAAGCGACUACCGAUGCAAAUACUCACCCAAGUGAAGAACAAAAUUCCCCAAAAUCAGGUACAGUAGUAGAAUGAGCAGACGGUUUCUUUUAACCUUUAAUUUUUAAUAUUUAUUUUUUAAUUAUAAGUUAUCAUAUUGUACAGAUGCUGUUUCUUCACUGUGUAUUUUUAUUUUAAAUGUUAAAAUUUUAGUCAGCGCUAAGUAAUAAAUUAUUUCAAUAUUUCUAACCAAUUCGAACAUUAAGUAUGUUACAAUUACUAUCGGAAACCCCUGCAGUUGUCAAAAUUAAUCCACCGUUCUACUAUAAGUCAGAUAUUGUAUACACUAAUCAUUGUAAUGAAUAAUGAGUACGUAAAAUUAUUGUUAAAUUAUGUCAGUCAAACAUUAUUUUAAUAUUAUCCUUUGCGCUUUAAAUGUUUAAU